GCGUCAUCUCCGGGCGACGGUAGAAUUCAGCUUCGCGCCAAUCAGUUGAAGGAUUUCACGACUUUCCUUGCAACUAAACUGACCAUAAACUACGAGAAAGCCUGUUCACCAUGGACAUCAGGCGGUUCUUUCCACCGGCUGCUGCCAAGCCCGCGGUGCAGAAACCAGCUUCAAAUGGAAAGAUCAAAACAGAAGAGAGGAAGAAGAAUCAUCCCUCUUCAGACGAGGAAGUGAAAAAAAACAAGAAAGAGACCGCCAAGGUGAAAAGCUCCAAAGCAGAGGAGAAACGCAAGGACAGUGAGAAGAAACGUAAGAAGCGUGCAGUCAUAGAGUCAGACUCUGAGGAUGAGGAGCCAAGGAGCAAAUCAAAGAAAUCCCCCAAGGAGAAACAGAAGACAAGCAAAAUGGAGCCACCUCCCAAAAAAGACCCCGUGCAGUAUGUCUCUGAAACAGACUCAGACAGCGACAACUUUCAGUCCCUAAAGAAGGCCGCCAAACCUAAGCAGAAUGGCAUGGACAAACAGACAAAGUCUGAUGGCGGGAGUGCUCGUCCAGGAGCCAAAGAGGGGCUGAAGUCUCCUUUCAAGCCCUCCUCCACACAGGGGAAAACUGCGGUGAAGUCUCCUCCUGUUCCCGUCACCCCUAAGUCAGCCUCGCCUCCUCAGCCCAAAAAAACCCCCACCUCAGUAUUCGACUACUUCGGCAGUGCGACUAUUCAGCGUUCCGAUAAGAAGCUCGUAGCCAGCACCAAACGGAAGGCUCCGACUCAAGACACAGAUGAUCAGAUCAGUGAGGAAAUCGCCAGACAGCUGCAGAUGGAGGAGGACAUGGAGCUGGAAAAGCAGAUCCACGAGGACGAGGAGUUUGCUAGAACUCUGGCCAUGCUGGACGAAGAGCCUCAAGCGAAGAAGGCUCGAAAAGGCUCUGAUGAAAAACCAGCCGCUACCACAUUUCCCAAAAAGAGCAGUACAGUCUCUGCCAGCACGAGCAGCCCGUCAAAGACCAACCAGAGGGGCAGCAAGUCGGAGGAUGUGAUUAGUCCGUCUCCGAGGAAAAUCCCCGCCCCUGUCAAAGCCAGCUCCAAACUGGCCAUGAUGAAGAAAAAGGAAGAAAAGACAGAUGAAGAGCCAAAGAGCAAAACACCAAUUUCGCCCACAAAAAUAAAAAUCUCUCCCAAAAAGGAGCCGAUUGCUUCGUCGAGCUCAGACAAGAAGCUCACUCCCAAAGUAGGAAUCACACCCAUCACAGUUAAAACUUCUCCCAAGAAACCAGAGAGCACAAGUACAAGCCCUGACAACGCAGAGAAGAGGAAGAUCAACGCUUCAGCUUUUAGGAACUUCCUCAACAGGGAUGGACCACGAGCUCUGGGCUCCAAGGAAAUCCCACAGGGUGAAGAGAACUGUUUGGAGGGCUGUGUGUUUGUGCUGACGGGGGUCUUGGAGUCCAUGGAGAGGGACGAUGCCAAAUCCCUUAUCGAGCGCUAUGGAGGCAAAGUGACGGGCAACAUCAGCAAGAAGACCACGUACCUGGUGCAGGGCAGAGACAGCGGAGUCUCGAAGCUCGAGAAGGCGGAGAGUCUCGGUACCAAGAUCCUGGAUGAGGAUGGUCUGUUGGAGCUGAUCAGAACAAAACCAGGAAAGAAGUCCAAGUAUGAGAUUGCUGCGGAGGCAGAGAGCAAAGCCUCAAAGACCAGGACUCCUCCCAGCAAGGCAUCAAAGAGCACCCCCCAGUCCCAGAAGAUCUCUCCCUCCAAGGGUAAUUCCAGGUCUCCACACACCCCGAGCCCGUCAAAGACCGGCCUGGGACAAGGCCACAGUGCCCGGAACAGAGAUGGCCGCACCCCACCUGGGAGAGGCUCAGGUCACACAGCCCGGAGGGAGCUUGGCCUUUCCUCCUCAGCUUCUUCAUCAUUAGCCCCAGGAACAUCAUCAUCCCCAUCACCAACAGGAGAGGACGCCAGUCUGCUGUGGGUGGACAAGUACCGCCCCCGCUCUCUGAAGACAGUGAUUGGCCAGCAGGGAGACCAGAGCUGUGCCAAUAAGCUGCUCCGCUGGCUGCAGAACUGGCACAAACACCACAGUGGGGGCUCUUCCAAGCCACCAGUAGCGAGGUUUGGUAAGUUCGGAGGAAAAGACGAUGGAUCAGGAUACAAAGCUGCUUUGCUCUCUGGACCUCCGGGUGUGGGGAAGACCACCACAGCUGCCCUGGUCUGUGAGGAGCUGGGCUUCAGCUAUGUGGAGAUGAACGCCAGCUGCACUCGCAGCAAAAACAGUCUGAAGGAAGUUGUUGCAGAGUCACUUAACAACACUAGCAUCGAGAACUUCUACAAAGGCACGUCUCAGAAGGUCACCAGUAAACACGUUCUGAUCAUGGAUGAGAUUGAUGGCAUGGCUGGCAACGAGGACCGUGGAGGAAUCCAGGAAAUGAUCAGCUUGAUCAAAAAUUCAAAGAUUCCCAUUAUCUGCAUGUGCAACGAUCGUAACCACAUGAAGAUCAGGUCACUGGCGAACUACUGCUUUGAUCUGCGCUUCCAGAGGCCGCGAGUGGAACAGAUCAAGGGAGCCAUGAUGUCCCUCGCUUUCAAAGAGGGAAUCAAGAUCCCACCCUCAGCUCUCAACGAAAUAAUCCUAGCCUCGAAUCAGGAUGUCCGUCAGGUUAUCCACAAUCUGAGCAUGUGGUCGGCCAAAGACAAAGUGAUGACGUACGACCAGUGCAAGUCUGACGCAGCCAGCGCCCGCAAGGACAUGAAAAUGGGGCCGUUUGAUGUUUGCAGAAAGGUGUUUGCGGCUGGGGAGGAGACUGCCCAUAUGAGCCUCAUCGACAAGUCUGACCUCUUCUUCCAUGACUACUCGUUAGCGCCGCUCUUUGUCCAAGAGAACUACCUGCAUGUUCGGCCAAAGGCUGCUGGUGGCGACCUGAAGUCCCACCUCAUGCUGCUGAGCAAGACAGCUGACUCCAUCUGUGAUGGAGAUCUGGUGGACAGACGGAUCCGCUCUGGGCAGAACUGGUCGCUGCUGCCUACCCAGGCCAUCUAUGCCAGCGUGUUACCAGGCGAGCUCAUGAGAGGCUACAUGAGUCAGUUCCCCACCUUCCCCAGCUGGCUCGGCAAGAACUCCUCCACCAGUAAACAUUCCCGCAUCGUCCAGGAGCUAGCCUCACACAUGGGUUUAAAGACGAUGAGCAGCAGACAGGCAGUGAACCUGGACUACCUGUACUACCUGCGGCAGGCGCUGCUGAGCCCACUUCAAAGGCACGGAGCAGAGGGUGCUGGAGAAGCCGUGCAGCUGCUGGACAACUACCAGCUCAUCAAGGAGGACGUGGACAGCAUCAUGGAGAUCAGUGUAUGGGGUGGACAGCCAGACCCGUACUCCAAACUGGAUGGCAAGGUGAAGGCAGCGUUUACAAGAGCCUACAACAAAGAAGUUCACUUGACGCCGUACUCUCUGCAAGCAGUGAAGAAGGGCCGCCGUGGUGGUGGUGGCGGCGGCGAGGGGGAGUUGGGGUUGGAAGGAGAGGACAUAAACAACGAAGAGCAGGAGUCUGAGGAUGAGGGUCUCAAAACAGACGCCAUGAUCAAACAGAAGAAGGCCAAAGCCACCAAGGAGUCAAAGAAGGAGAAGGAGGAUUCUGGGAAAGACAAAGGCAAGGGGAAAGGCAAAGGCAAGGCCAAGAAAUGACCAAUGAUCAGAGGAGAAAAACUGUCCUGGUCUGCCUCCCUCCGCCCCCACAGACUGUAAUAUUCUUUCUCUGCACUUGCAACAAUCCUCAAAUGAGCAUCACAAAGUAGUGAAACUGGUCUUGACCUGUGCAGGUAACUCACCUGUCCCUCAUCAGACACUUGACUCUAACUGCACUAAGAGAUGUCCGUACGUUUUUUUUUAACAUCCUGUCACGAUUCCAUCAGUGUCUCCAUAUUGAACAAAUGAUGAAUGUUUUCUGCUUGUUCCAACCAUUAUCAUGUGUGUACAUCUCAAUAGUAACGUGUCUCAUCAGGAGUGUAGUGCAUUUCUUCAGUUAUCAGUUUGUGGUCCAGGUGUCGAGGCUGUAAAUAACACGACUCUGAUGUAUAAGACUGUUACUUUUUGCUAUGACGACAAUGUAGAGAUGCUUUAGCUGUACGGUUAGCACUGAUGCUCCUGUAAAUUGCAAUUUUGUAAAAACUUUGAUUAGGAUAAAUAGAAAAAAGUUACACUCA